GUUCCCAGCGAGUCGCCAUUACUGUCGCCAUAUUAUGCGAAGAAUGUAUUAAUUUGUGAAAAAAAUCUAGGUUCAUUAUAAAAUUGAUGUUUUAGCAGUAAAUUUGGAUACCCCAGGUGUUUUUCAGAACAUGGAGUGACUAUGAGUCACCCAGGUCCGACUGGAAACGGUUGCUCACUUGAGGAUUGUUACACAAACUUGUUUGCUUUGACUGACCUUUGUGGCAUAAAAUGGCGUAAACUGGCUGUGUCACCAGAAUGUGUUUGUGUAGAGCAGUUAGAAGAUCCUGUGCUGGUUUCCUACUCCAAGUGCUUACAGUCGGGUAUUCUGUGUGUGUGGAGGCGAGUCCUGCGCAAUAGUGAUUUCAGGUCGUCAGAGCAUCUCAGCAAGGAACUAUGGAUAUUUUGGUAUGGAGACGAACCUACUGGUUUAGAAAAUCUGCUAUCUACUGAUCUGAAUGAAAUUGAAAGAGGAUCAUGGGAUAAAGACCAGAAAGAUCGUGAUAUUGGCUUGUCCUAUGAAUGCAGAACGUUACUCUUCAAAGCUCUCCACAACCUCAUUGAAAGAUGUCUGUUAACAAAAAACUUUGUCCGGCUUGGAAAAUGGUUUGUUCAGCCAUUUGAUGCCAGUGUUAACUCUGAUCGAAGUGCUCAUCUGUCUUUCUGCUUCAACUUCUUCCUGCACGGUGAAAGUCAGGUGUGUGCUAGUAUCGAGAUCAAACAGCACCCAUCAGUAUGGACACUGACUCCCCAGCAUCUUUCUCUUGUGCAAGAGAACCAGGCAUCCUUUCAAGUUAUCCUGGCUCCCUAUGGCCUGAUGGGCACCCUGACUGGAAAUACAUAUCGGGACACAGACCAGCUGAGUCACAAGCUGUUUGACGAGUGGUGUCAGUUUUAUCCACUCGAUAGCAGUGAUGGUGAUGCAAACAAGUUGCCAAAUCUCGUGGAGGUUCUUGUUGCUGGUGUCAGAAUGCGGUACCCAUCGUCUUACGUUCUUAUUUGUGAUAAUGACGACUCCCCCGUCAGAUUGCAGCCAAUGUCGGUUGGAGGUGGAGGAAUCUCAGGAAUCAGGUCUCAGGGGAACCAGUCUAUGAUGUCAAACGGCCCACUGAGUCCGCCAUGUUCUCCCAUUGACCCAGCACUCGUCCACGACCACAACGUGAAGGUUGUGCCAGUACCCAUAAUGCAUCAUGGUGUGUCUGACACUGCUCCCGCCAGCCUUCCCAAUGCCAGUGAGGCGUUCAGUCACCUCAUCACGGAUAAGGUUUCACAAGAUGCGUGUAUUACUACGGCCAUGGCCAAGAGAACAAGUGAUAUGAGUGAAGAAUAUGCUGCAAGCCAGUGGCAUUUUGCAGAACCCACCUCCAAAGUGAACUGUAAUUGUGUAAGGCAGAGAAAGUUAAAAAAUAGUAGUGCUGGUCAGGGCAAAAACUUUAUGGCCGGAAAACACAAGUGUGACAAGCAAGAAAAGCUUGAGAGACAACAAUCGCGUCAUGGUCGAAAUUCGACUCCAUUUCAUCGGCGGUCUCCAUUGACCGACGAUCUGAUGCAGUUCGAUAUGGAUUCGAUCAUAAGUCGGAUGCCACCAAACCCAGCCUUUUGUCCCACAGGGGGCACCACUGUGCAACCUCAAGGUCGUAACACCCCAAACGAAACGAACGUUGACACUCCUUCGGCUCCAUCGCCUUUGGACGAACCUCAACCGCUGGGCAAUCAAUGUGUUGAUCCGCCUAUGCCCACACUGAGUCCCCACCCGCCGACCAAAGUGGGUGGGGACAAAGAGUUUAGUGGCAAGUCGGGUGCGGUGCAGGAUUCGCAAGGUGAUACGUGUUCCGGCUUUCAGGACUUCUACAAUAAGACUGACGAGGGUUUAACAAAAACCGAAUCCUCUCCGUACCACUGGAAUAGUUUGGACUCGAAAAAUGAGAGUGUCAAUAACUGGUUACAGUCACAACACCGGCAUGUGGUAGACAGUCAGGCAGGACCAAAGAGGCCAAGCUUACCAUCGAAAGAAACCGAUCAACAGCUAGAUCUAGUCGCAGAUUCUCUCUAUAAUUUCAACCCUUUACAGGAAUGGAUUAACCUUCCUGUGAAGAAAGCCCGGUUGGAUCGCUAUCUGGAUAGCCAGACAAAUGGAGACCAAACUUCAAACCACUCUUCUCAUUCCCAAAGACAUGAACAGAAAGCGAGAACACCAUCACCUGUACUUGACCCGUAUGAAUUCGUUGACGAACCUUCACUCAAUCCAGGAACCCUUGUCAGGGGUUCUCGGAAGAGUCGGGACGACCGAUCCUUUAACAGAAUGGAUGAAGAUCUUAAGGAUGCAGCAAGACUUGGUGACUUGAAAGAGGAAAAACCCAAUGAUGUAUUACCCCUUGGUUCUCCAUCUGCACUUGUAAGCAUGAAAUAUGAAAAGGAUCUUGUACCUCAGGAGUCUGAUCUCGAUCAUAUGUUUGAAUCUUCAGGGGAUGACAGUGACGAGGGCGGAGGAACAGACUCGGGCUUGUCUGGAAGUAAGACCACUGAUGAACUAAAGCUUCCAAAAGUCGGCAUCAUUGGUCAAUCCGAACUAGUUAGAAUGUAUCCAACCCCUCCGUCAUUAGAAAACAAUAAAGAAUCAUCACCAGAAAUGAUUACCGAUAUUGUCUCGGAUGAUCCAUGUUAUAAAGUUGAUAUUUACCAACUGGUCCAUACAGAAGAUAUCAGACAGAUUUGUGAGCAGGAUGUAAAUAAACCUCCGAAGUUUGCGAAGUUUGUCGGUGCUGCGAAGUACUCGCCGGUCGAGUUGCCAAGCAGCCAGCUGUCUCCCAUACCUCUAUUACCAGAAUAUAAACCAUCGUGGGAGUUCCCCAUGCCCAUCAUGGAAAAACCACAUUCUCAUUCAAGCCAAUACCUAAACCCAAUGUCCAUCGACAAUAUACCAAGCCUGACAUCGCGUAUGCCGGGCAGCAUGAUAGAGAACUCCCCAGCAACUUUCAAUAAUUCCAGUCAGCAGAGAACACCCAGAACACCGCGCACACCUAUGAGUUACGAGCUCCAGUCGCCCGCAUCCAACGCAUCCUCAUACCUGAACAAAACCCUCAACUCCAUUGACAAUCAAGGAACAAAUAACCAAAUUCCUGAAGUGCACAGCCUUAUUGUUAAUGUGUUGCUCUCUGACUCCAUUUUGAAUCUUUUCAAGGACCACACGUUCGACAGUUGCAAUAUUUGUGUUUGCCAUGGCAACCCAGACAUUAAAGGAGCCGAUUUCGGACUCUAUUUUCCUGAUCAGGGUGGAUCCUCUGAUUGGGCCGACCGGUGCACGUGCGGGUUCAGUGCAGCAGUCAAUCGCAAGUACGGCUACAAUUCGGGUCUGUUUUACGAGGACGAGGUGGACAUUACAGGUAUUCGUGAUUCCCGCUUCGACCAGCGCAAGCCGAGUUUGAUAGCCACGGACUAUGACAAGGAGGAAGGCGGUUCAAAAGACCUCCCUCCUGUAGAUAUACCUCAGAUUAUUUUGGAACUGCUCCUGGGACAGUUUACGGUGCCAUAUCCAUCCACAGUUACAGACAAUCGGUUGGCACUUCUUAAUAUGGCAGCGUCUACACAGUUCACAGGCAGCAUGAUCAACAUGUUGCAGCUCAGAGAUGGCAGCGAAGCGACAUACCACGCUCUAGACCAGGGUCGACAGGCCAUGGAGCACUGUUCUUCCGGCAAGCUGGACGACCCGUCGUUGAAGUACAAAUGCCUUCACAAGUGGCCAUUCCUGCACGGUGCUAGCUGUAUUCCAGUGAACUCACAGGACAUCCUGCAGCGCCUCAAAUCUCUGAACCCGCUCCUCCAGGACACCAUUCAGAACACGAGGGUUAUGAGGCUGUGGGAACACAGCUACAAGGUGCAAGGACCUCUCAGCUGGAAGGACUUCCAUCAGCUGGCUGGGCGAGGUUCGGAUCAGAAUUGUGAACCCCAGCCUAUUCCUCACUUCCUGGUCGGUCACGACAGAGAAUGGCUGUCUGUGUCUCCAUACACCAUCAGAUUCUGGGAUAAACAGUUUUUGGAACCGUUUGGUCGGCAACGUGAUGUGGCAUACGUGGUUGUAGCACCAGACAAUGAUUUUAUUCUCUCCAAUGUGAUAAGUUUUUUCAAAGAAUUAAGUACUGUGUAUGAACUGUGUCGCCUUGGUCGACACUGCCCUAUCUCUAAAGUGCUACGUGAUGGAAUUAUGAGAGUCGGCAAAAGUGCUGAGCAGAGAGUUGCCGUGGAGCAAGUUGACGACUGGUUUAAACAGAUAGGUGAAUCAGCUUUUGCAGCCAAAUUGAAGUUGUAUGCUCAGGUUUGCCGCUACAGAUUAGGUCCAUUUCUUGCCCGGCAGACAUUGGAUAAAACAUUGUUUGAGUCGCAACAUCCAAAAAUGCCAUUCAAGACGCCGGAGCCAGCAAAACCUGCCACACCAGACAACACUAGUGCUAUGUCUGGAGAAGACAAUAAAAAUGGUGUUCAGCCCGAUGGCACUGGUGCUGGUAAGGACGGAACAACUCAUGACCUAGACAACGAAGACAGCGAUGAAUGCCCGGCAGUUGUGGUUUACCUGAUUGACCCAUUCACGUACAACCAAGAGUGGGACGAGCUGAGCCGGUUAGCUAUGAUAGGACUGUGUCGCUGCUACCAGCAGAUGGUGCAGUAUCUCCCGGAGCAUCUUCAAAACAAUAUGUUUCUACAGGUUGUGCCUUUAAAGACUAUACUGAACCAUAAGGAAAGUAGCACCCAGUUCCAGACACUGAAGUCAGUGGCGUUUUCCGUGUUUACCACCUGUCGCUGGAAUCUCACACACACUAUCAUGGGGCGUUCACUCACAGGCUUCGGACCAGCUGCCGAGGCAGAGAUGUUCCUCAAAAAGAAACAGGCUGACGGUGCCGGGUUUGUGAAGCUGUACAGUCCACCGUUUAUCCUGGCACCACUGAAAGACAAGCAGGCGCAGCUGGCCGAGUUCUGCAGUGAGAAGACUGAGAAGACGCAGGUUCUGUUCUGCAUGUACUGCCUGUCCGAGGACCAGCGCUGGCUGCUGGCCACGUGCACCGACACCGGCGGGGAAAUGAUGGAGACCUGCGUCAUAAAUAUCGAGAUCCCAAACAGGAGUAGAAGAAAAAAGGCUUCAGCCAGAAAAAUUGGCCUCCAGAAACUCUGGGACUACAUAGUGGGGAUCGUGUCCAUGUCAACAAUGCCUGCCCGACUUGUGAUUGGCCGGUUUGGCCGGUUAGGUCACGGUGAACUGAAGGCCUGGUCUGGCCUGUUGAGUAAAAAGAACUUACAGCACACGAGCAACAGUAUCAGAGAGCAGUGCAGCCAGUGUAAAUUCAACAACAGUGACGUUCCCUGUGUUCUGAGCGCAUGUCUCGUGUCCAUGGAGCCGCACUCCAGUCUGAUGGUCAUGUCGGACGUCUACAAGCCCGAGGAGAAACCCAGCAGCAACUGUCCUCUGCAGACGCCGCGUGAUGCCUCUGCCAGUCACAUCCUUGUGUUCCCCACUUCGGCCACAGCCCAGGCCAAUAGUCACCCCUUGAACCCAGAAGCGCAGCUUGAUCUUGGAAAUAGUCAUUUGGAGUUAGAUGAUAUGCUAAACGGCAUUGGAAAUGAUGAACUUGGACAAAUGGACCAUGGCAUGGACUUUUUAAGUGACCUGGUCUUUGACGAUGCAUUUAACACAUCCCCACCUGGUGGCAAUUCACCACCGGGUUCACCUUUGAACUAUGACAGAGGUUUACAAAACUCGUCGAAACUUGAUGGACAGUCAGCUAUGGGAGGAAGUGCCAUGAAUGAUCCUCAGAAUGACGUCAAACUGAUGCAGCAGCCGCUGGCGAUGGGCUAUUACGUGUCCACUGCACGGUUAGGGCCACUACCAAAGUGGUUUUGGUCUUCAUGUCCAGAACGGGAACACAUGUGUCCCAGUGUCUUCAAGUCUGCCCUUCACAUUCAUACAUCAUCCAGUAUAGACGAAUUCCUUCCUCAUAACCAAGGCCGCAACAGCCAUGCCCUGGAUUCACACCUAACUUGUGAAGUACUCAGGUUUGUUCUUGAACACUACAAUGCACUGUCGUGGCUGACAUUUGACCCAGCCAUGAACGAUCGUCGAUCUUGCCUUCCAGUUCAUGUUGUUGUCCUCAUGCAGAUGUACCAUGCAUUGAACGCCUUUGUGUGAAGAAGUUACGAGACCAUCACACGCUGGAUGCGAAGACUGUGAUCUAUUUAUAACAUUGUUGGAAGGGAAACAACUUACUGGCAGCUUUAAAUAUUGGAACCCAAUUGAAUGCACAAAUUGUUUUUUCUUUCUUUUUUUUCUUUUCUUUUGGCAGAAUUUUAUUUUUGUCCCAGAGAUAACAGCUAAGUCUCUUACUGUGUUCCCCAUCUCCACUCAUGAUGUCAUAUGGAGAUACAGAACCAUAGAGGUUUUUUUAAUCAUGUUAUAUUCAUUAUCCUCCGUUUACAUGGUGAAUCUCAAUAGUAUUCUUAUAAAGCAAUAAGCCAACCAAUAUUAAAUUUUUAUUUUUAUACUUCUAAAGAUGUGCACUGAAUUGUUAAAAACCAUAUUACGUAAAACUAUGGGUUAGGUACAUUGUAUUUUGUUAAUAGCUAUGACACAAACAGAUGUUAUUUUAAAAAUAAAACAUUCAGGUGUCCGAGAAAUGUAGAUUAAAUAUGACAACACUAUCACAAUUCCGAGGGUUUUUUAAUCCUUUUUUUUUCUUCUCCCUUUUGUUUCUUUGUAUGUAAUAAAACUAAUUCUCUAUUUUUAAUAAUGAUUUUAGUAGGGCCUAAUAUUUGCAGCUGACUGACAUCAAAUUGUGUGAUGUCACCAAAUAAUAAUGUUAUACCUGUAUAUUUUUUAAGGGAACACUGAUUCAAGAAUUCAUCAAACUGGACCACUCAAAUAUCUAUACUUUUUCAGCUGUUAAUUUCUGUCUGAAACAUAUUUUAUUGCAUAUAAUAUACAAAGGGAUUGGGCACAACUUAUUCAACUUACGAGGCCCUCUGGUAUGUUCAUUUCUAUUUGUGAUAAUUUGCAAAUUGGUACAUCGUUUGUUUGUACCUCUUCUUUAGUUGGAAAAUAACAUUUUGUUUUGUCAUAUCCGACGUUUUCAUCUGUGAAAUGAUUACUCAUUUUUAUUUAUAAUUUAUGGGGAAGGUAAAUAAAAAAUCACAAAAUGUCUGGAAAAAGUAAGUGAAAUUCUGUUGACAAGAGUCACUAAGAGGUCAGUUUUUAGGUAUGCCUGAUGAAGUGUUGAUAUCCUGGUGGCCCAUGUACUUUCUAGAAACCUGAGAAAUAAGGAUUGAUUUUAAUCACACGUCUUAAUUGAUGUUAUAUAUUUUUAACCAGUAUUGGCCGAUCGACCUUCCAAAACCAUUUUAUAGUAGUGUUGGUAUAAAGUGCUCCUACUGGCAGUAGCUAUUUGUCUUAAAAGGGGCACAGAUGGGAUAUUCAAUUGGCUGUGUAAUAUGAUAUCUUACAAUUUCUCCACAAAUAUUCCUGACUGAUAUAAAGACUGGUGAUAAAAGUUUGUUAAAACACCACAUGUUUCAUAGAGAAUAACUAGUUAAUGACAUUGGAUAUUGGCUUUAUCCUGUGAAUGUAAGAAUGGGGAAUUUCUCAUUCAGCCUGAACAGGAUAAAGCAGAUAUCCGACAUCAUUAAUUAUUAUCUUUAUCCUAUAGACCAUAAAAAUUAAGGUCAAAUCGUCAGCUUGCCUUGAUUUGGCUCAUAUCAAAGACUGAUAUAGUAUUGCUGCAUGUUGGGAGACUGAAGCUACAAUUGUACAGCUUUCUUUAAGUAUGGACAUUACAUGUUCCUUUACAUAUUGGUGACUUUUAAUCAUGUUAAAGUAUGAUCUGUGGGCUUCUAAAAGUCACAAAAGAAAAAGUUGAUGGAUGAUUAAAGGGACAUUACUCCUGGUUUAUUAUUGACAGUUUACCGUAUCAGUUGGGAUCUGAUUAUUUUCAUAAUAACUAUUCAGAUAAUUACAACAGUUACUUUUAUCGGCCAGGUUGAAUAGGAACAGUGUAACAUUGAAUUAAGAUACUAAUUACCUGAAUGUUGCAAGAAUUUGAUGUUCAUUUUGUCUCGUAAUAGGUAAAUAUUGUAACUUAAUUGUAAAAUAAGGGUUUUCAGAAGAUUUUUUAAUGUGUUAAUUCUGAAUUCAUAAUGGUCAUCAAUAUUUGUGAAGUGGUUGAACCGUUACUGGAAACAAUGAAUAGCAUUUACAAUAUGUUUCAUAACUAGUUUAAAAAAAAUUAUUAAAAAAAAAAAAAAUAUUGAUUUAAAAAGUCUUUUUAAAAGAUAUUUUUAGAAAUAAUUGCUUCUGAUUUUGAAAAAUAGUGCACAGAUAUCAUUGGUUGGCUACAGACUUGUGCUGCAAGUAGAUAUUUUGAUACGUAAUAAUUGGGUAAUCAUACACUGUUUGUUACAGUAAUUUUGUUUGGUGGGAUAGGUACCACAAAUAAUUAAGUUUAAAAAAAAAGAAGUGAAUAAGUCUUUCAGGUAUUUAACCCUUCAAAAUAUUUCAUUGACAGAACAGGGUCUCAAGUUUGCAUGACAAUAAACAAUUUUCAAUACCAAUAUUGAACAAUUCAUGUACAUGCAAUAAAUUCCAUUAGUCUUAUUCAACUUACCGUAUGAAUAAUAAUGAAAAUUAGAAACAAAUUUUCUAAGUAAAUCUGUUUUUAGUGUAUAUUGUUGUGUGAAGCCAGCUGUCAGUGCUAUAGUUUAUAUUUGAUGAGUGAAGAGUUAAAAAUGGUUCUUUUCGGCUUUUUAUUUGAUUUCAGCUAUUUUGCAUAAAAUAAUUUUCAAUAGAUAUGUAAUUAGUUUUUAAAUAGGUGUAACACCUCUGCAAACAUACAUUAAUUUGUUUACCUACUCAUUUCAUUCAAUUUGUUUUAAAUAUAAGAUAUUAUUUAGUCAUUUGAGCAAAAUAAUAAUAAAUGGCUUAAAAAGAGUUACCUUUAUGUUUAUUUAUAUAGGAAGUAAUGUUUAAGCUGAACGCCAAAAAUUAAUAGCAAUUUGAUCAGAAAAUCUGCAGCCAAAUUCAAGUAAUAUUCAGCUAAACAGAAUUGUUUUUCUAAAUAGUUAUACACCUACAAAUUGACUUUUAAACGAAAUGGUUAUAAAAAAAAUUGGUAUCAGCUAAAUUCAGCUUUAAAUCACAUUUGCUGAUUUGACUAAUGGCAGCUCAAACAAACCCUGAGUAAGCACAUGCAUUUGUAUUGUUGCCAUUUUAGAUAGAAAUACAGAUAUGGGAGAAAGAAAUUGUGCGAUGCUGUUAAAAGAUUAGAAUUGAAACAGCAAAAUUUAGAAAUAUAUAACAGAUGUAGUAUCUUGGAGCUGGGUUUUUUAAACAUGUCUUAGACUUGCCUGAUUGAAUAUGUUUAUAUUAUAUUUUCACCUAGUCAGGGAUGUGAUGCCCAUUUACAAAUAAAAGCUGAAAUGACCUUAAAGCCAAAUCGUAUUCACUACUUAAAAUAAAGCAUUUUUUAUAAGCCUGUCCUAUUAUGUCCGUCCGUCAGUAAACCUUUUUUUCUCCGGAGCACAUCUUUCUUACCAAUUCAUACAGGAUCGUCAAACUCUGCAUGCAUGUACAACUUGGGGAUGACAGUGUGUCACAUACUAUAACUAGGUAGGUCACUGCAACCUACUUUUCACUCAUUACUUUACAUUAAAGGAAAGUUUUUUCCAAUCAUAUCUUCUUUCUCCGAAUCGUCAAACAAACCUUGGUAGCAUUUCAGAUCAAUUUCAAUCUAUUUUGUGAAAAUUUAUUUUAAGCAAAAAUCCGUGAAAUCUGAUGAAAAGUUAUAUAAAAAAAAAAUCACAUCCCUCCUUAUACUAGGUUAAAGCAUUGCCAAUUAAAAAUAAUUAGCAUUAUGCAAAACAAGAUUUUAAUCUGUUUCUUUAAUAGCACUGACACCUGGCUUAUUAAUCAGAAGAACUUUCCAGCACGUUUCACCACUUUACUGAAGUUGGUCAUCUCUUGUUAGCCAAGCUCUGACAUUUUUCCUCUUGUCAUUGAUUGAACAGAGUUUAAUGAAAUGUGACCAACAUGUUUUUAUUCAUUACCUGGAGGUAUUCUGAUUAACUCGUAUUAUUAAAACAACAAAUAUAUUUUCUACCACAUUUCAUACUGGUAUUUCUGUACCAGGUCCUCCGCUAGUGAUAUUUGUUUUUAAAUAUUUGAAUAAAUUUGAAAUAUAAGAUGGUCUCUGAUUGGUUAACACACACAACACAAUGCCAAGGAUCGAUGGCUGCAAUGUCACUUUGUGUUUGUUCCUUAAUGGAUUCUUAGCAGAGUAUCAAGCCCUGCUGGGCUCUUGUUGAUAUUUAAAUCUUAAAUUAUAUCUUUUCUGUAUAGUCUUAGCUGUUAGAAUCAUGUAAAUGGCAUAGAUUUGUUUGUAAGAGUUGACAAAACCAGUUUGAAAUAAGGCAAUAAAUUGUUAAUAACAUAUUUGUAUUUGUGUAUAACAAUCUCAACUGCGCUGGGAGCAGUUUUUGUGUUUGUUUUUCUACAAGUAAUAUUCUGAGGGUACUGCUUAGUUACUUGAUUUAAUACUAUUUUCAGUGUACAAAACAUCUUCAUGUAUUGUGUACUUAAGUUAGCUGUUGAAACAGCUCAUUCGUUGGUCUUUGAAGCUUAAUGUAUUUAUUUAUGCUACCUUCUAAACAUCAGUGUUAUGUUAUUUUAUUUCUACCUGUUUCAUUUUAUUUAUCCUCGUAUAUGAAAAAUGACAUAACCAAAUAAUGGGGGUAUGGUGUGUAUCUGCACAUUUUAGAUAUUUGUGUUUGUAACAUAAACAUACCAUAUUAUUACUAUAAAAUAUGUUGUAUGUAAUCUUUAAAAAAACCCCACCAAAAACCUAAUGAAUUUGAGAAUUGAACAUUUUAAAUUACUUCUUAAACUAUACUCAUAAAAAUUAUUUCUAAAUAAUAAAUGUUUGGUCAGAAUACAUUUAUAACUAUCAUAAUUUUAUAUAGUGAAUGUUUUAUCUUUUUUAGAUAAAACAUUGUUUAUUGCAAAAAAUUCACUGGCACCUGCAUCAUGGAAUAAUUAUACAUGUCCAUGAAGAAUAAUUUCCAUUUUUAUUAAAUUUUCAUUUUAUUAAGCAAGGGUAUUUUUCUGUUGUAAAUCGUCACCUUGCACCUACAGACUGUAGUCAGAAUCGGGGAAAACCAUGAAGUGUUUUACGUUACCAGAAAAUAUUUAAUGUAGUUAAAUUGUCUUCAUAAUCAGUCAGUCGCAUAUUGGCAACACUACAGUUUGCAAAUCCCACCAACCAGAAAUUAUGUAAGAAAAUGGAUUAAAUUUAUUGCAAGGAAAAGGGUAAAGAGACGACGGAAGUUUUAUUUUGCUUAUUUGAGCUUUCUCAGAAUGAACAUUUCCUUUUGACAAAAAUUAGCUAUCAUUCAAUCUCUAUCUCUUUGAUCGUGAUUCUUGUCAAAAAUUUCAAGGGUAACCAAUCAACAGUAAAGGUAUAAAAAAAAUUAACACUUUAGGGUUGGAAAUUAUUAAAAUUAAAAUAUGCCAGAAAUGUUUUACCACCCCCACCCCUCUUUAAGUAGUAAAUGCAGUAUAUAUUAUUACUGGAUAUGACAGUUACAAAAAGGGAUAAUCUUUUUUUAAAUUGUGAGGGGUGUGUAUGUUACCAAACAUAUAUAAUACAAAACAAUUAAGUCCUUUUAAAUACGGGACAGUUCAUGCUUAUCAAAUAUGUAUCAAUUUCUUGUGGGAAUAUUUUUUUUAACAUAUACUGUACUAGUACAUUAUUAAAGGUUGGUACAUAACUGAUACAUUAUGUCAUUUCAGUGAUGUGCAAAAGUUUACGGUUGAACUAAUCUGUGUGUUUCUGGACGAUUGGAUAAUAAUUCCAGAUUGCAUUAAUAAUGAUUAUGAUCGAGUACCAAGUCGUGUACUAUUUUUAUAUUCAGGGAUUUGUUAUAGGGCACUCCUUACUUGACAUGAUCACCAUAUAAAACAACCAGUAUUUUUUAAAACAUGACCAUGUGACCUACAAGCUUCAUUUUCAUUCAGUCAUAUCAAAAAGAGAGGCCUGCCUUGAAAUGUUUUUUUUCUUUUCUGGAACCUUCAAAAAAUUAUCAUUUCUCAAACAAUUAUGUAAAAAAUCUGCUAAUACUUAUGUUUGUUAACCAUUAUUGAAUUAAGAAAUUUUGUUGCCAAUCUUCCAUGGUGAAAAACUGGCAACUUAUAGAAUGCAUCCUUAGUUGUGUUUCCUAGCAGUCAUUUGUGUUGUAAUACGAUUCCUGUCUGUGACCCUAAUUAAAUCAGCAGGAUAGAAGUGUUGCCUGAUUUUCAGCUUUGCAGAUAGAGUUGUCAGUAAAUUAAUCUUGUGGGCCAGUGUAAAGGGCACAAAUUAGAUUAUUCAUUAUUAGUGUUAUUGUUGAAACUGAGCAAAUUAUGAUCUUCCAGAUUUCUCAUUUGACAAAAGCAGAUUACAUAAUUAAAUUAGAUCAAAAGAUGUUUAUAUUUUUUAUGAAAUCGUGAUGUUUUUCAAUAUUGGGAAAUUUUUUAUGUACAUAUGAUCUGAUAUCAUUGCAUUUUCUUCAACCAUGACAUCCAAAUAAAGAAAACCAGGAAAAGCAACAUACAUUGACUGUCAUGGUUCAUUUUAUCGUGUGAUUAUUCAAUUGUAAUAGGGGAAACUAAACAACUGAAAACUGUUGGGAAUGCAGUAUUGUUCUGGCAGCAUUGAUGAUCCAGUAUGUUGUAUACAAAUCGCCAUCUUCCUAGUCUGAAAAUGUCUAUACUGGUACAUGUAUGUAUUUUGCAGUUUACACAAGAAGUUUUGAGAUUAAUGUGAAAUAUUGAAUUUGUUGUCACAGGUAAUAAUGUUUGUACAUGUGUUAGUAGAGAAAAACAACAAACAUGCAGUCAUUUUGUAAAUAUUCCUCACUUUGUUUGAACAGUGUACAUGCUGGUGCAUCAAUACAAUUUAAAACUUGUGUACAAAGAAGAAGACAUGUUUUUCUACAUGUUUUGAAAUUGGCAAACCAAAUUUUAUCAAACGCAAUAUUUGAUGUUUAUAUUAUAUAAAAAUAUAUAUAUAUAUAUAUUUUUAGUUAGCUAGAAAAUGAUCUCGGUUGGGGAAUGUUAAGUUAUGUUUUGAAAAGUACUAUACUGUAUUUAGUAUGCUCAACGUUGUGUAAAGAUUCUAAUAUUGUGUAUAUGUUGUUCAUUUCAUCUGCCACUUGUAAAUAUGAACAUAUCUUUAUUGGAACAUGCUUUUGUUUUAGGUCAGUUUACAGAUAUUACAACAAAUGAAAAAGGUUGGCAUGCAGGAUGAAAGGAUGUGUAUUGUAGAACCAGUAUUAAAAAAGGUAGACCAAAUUGUGACAUGUUUUGAUGGGACCCCACAUUGCCAAGGGAUUAUGGGGAGUUUGGUUGCCAUAAUUGUUGGCAUUGAUGACUAGUUACCAGAUGUCUGUGAUGAUCGCACAUUAUUCAUCAUCUCAAAUUUGUACGUACCGAAAACAAAAUUUGAUUGUAACUUAUUACUUCUUUUUUUUGGUAGCUAGUACUUAUUGUACAGUUACUGGCUCGUGCAAAAAAUAAAAAUAAUGAAUACUUA